AUGAACGAGUACGCCGCCGCUGCAGUUGGUUUGGCACUGGUUGUGUUGAUCCUGUUCGCGAUUCGAUGGAAACUGAAGAGCUCUAAGUCGACCGUACAUAACUGCCUGCCAUCUUGCUCGCCGGUGCAGUUGGUACACAGGCUAUGUCCUCACAACAACGUGGUGCAGCGGUACGAGGUGGACAAGAAGGACAGUCUCGACGAACAUCUGGACGUGCUGACGCGGAAACUUGCUGAGAAGGAGGGCCGCCUCCACAUGUCUAAGUACAAAAUCCGCGAGACCCAAGACGAGAUCCAAAGCCUCCACGCGCUAGAUAACGACGUGAGGGUCAAGUACCGGGAGAUUAUGGACUCUCUGCGAACCGACUUGAUGUCUAACGAGAAGGAGUGUAAGAAGCUACAAGAGCAGAUUGAGUGGGUGUCUCGUCGCAGAGCGGAGCUACGGGAUGAGGUUCGUCAAGGUCAGAAGCUAUACGGUGAAGCAGCUAUAGAACUGGCCACGAAUCUAGCAGAGCUACAGCGUGGACGCUCUAAUGUUGACCCCAGGGUCACAGACAAGCCGCAGCGUGACUCCUCAUGUAGCCUCAGGCAUAGAAAGGAGCCGAAUCUGCCCAGAGCCUCCCCAGUCAGCUCUUUGGCCAUUAAAUCACCACGUGUAUCUAACGAGUCAAUCGGUAUUUACAGACGUAUGGAUAUUUAAACUGCUUUUGUAUUGCCGUUAUAUAUUUGGCGGGAACGAAUAUUUUUUUCCUUAAAUUUAACUGUGCUUUUUAUUGCGAUUUUGA